AUGGCUGAUACUCGCUUGCCCACCACCGUUCGGACCGCCAAAGACGGAGUGCGCUAUGGAGCCUACCGUGAACGAUUGCGGAGCAAUGGAAUCAGGAUGCUCCGCGCUCAUGAUGAGCCCCCCCCACAUAUUCAGGCUCUACUUCAGGACGUGCUGCCAGUUGAGUCUGUUACAAUUAAUGGAUGUGUGGACACUGCCGAGACCAGAGCCAUGGCCAUCAAUGGGGUUGAUGAAGAUCGAGUGAAGCACUUGUUUCAGUCACUGAUCGCAGAUCGAAUUGAUAGAUCGCGUCUGGAAAUCGUGGGUAACAAGUUGCUUGACCCCUUACGCGUGCCCAACAGACUCGGUCAGCAUAGAAUCGUCACCCCCAAACCCGAUCUUUAUCUGGGAUACAGCUACGGACAUUUUGGAGAUGAUCUUCAGGGCUUACUUUGGAAUUCUGACACAAACAUCGCCAAGUUUGCAUUCCUGGAAAUGGAGCUCAAAGGCGAUGGCCAGUCAAGUCUAGGUGGCCUCUGGGUAGCAACCAACCAAUGCAUGGGGGGCGCAUCAACGUUUCUCAACAUUCUGAACAAGCUGCAGUCCACUCUGUACGAAAACAACCUUGUUGAAGAGGCGGAGGCUUUGGACCCAGUGGUUUUCAGCGUUGCUAGCAAUGGCACCGAAGCUAGACUGUUCGCGACAUAUUCUAAAAGCGAAGGAGAUUUCACCACGUACUUUGUCAGAGGCUUCCUCCUGUACGACACUUCAAGCAGAGCAAUUCUCGAUACCUACAUUCAACAUAUCGUUGAUUGGGGCACGAACAGGCGUCUGCAAAAGAUCGAAUCUGCACUCCAAGCCCUUCACGAGUCCGGUGUUGGUGGCGGUAUCCCAGCCCCACCCACAAUAUCUGGUAACGAGGAAAAUGAAGAUCCCGAUAGCAGUGAAACAAACCAGACUUACAUUGAAAUGACUUACAUUGAAAUGACCGAUUGUUCAAUGACUUGUUCCCAAGUGGGUAUGGAGGUGGUGUCUGAGCCGAGACAGACCUGGUCGAAGAAGAGAGCCGCUGAUACCCAGCCAAGCACAAGCAAGCGGAGAAGAGCGACCGGAGCCUAG